AUGUCGCGCUCCUCAGCCGGCUUCGCAGAUUUCUUCCCCACUGCACCGUCAGUUCUCCAACAAAAGCGCUUCAGAGCCGCCCAGGAGUUGCCUCGUCCGAAACUUCAGAACGAGCACGAGAGCAAUGAGGAACGCCCUGCAUGCUUCGUGGAGUCAAACACCGUCAAGGAUGUGAUGCAUGGUGGCACGUUUGCUCACCCAGGAUCGGGGUCGCAUGAUGAAUCGGCCAAGGUAUCGUUUGAAACUACAGGAAUUGGAUCUACGAGCUCUAUGAGUACAGGACCUUCAGCAGCUGGUUCUUCACUUUCCCUGAGCGGUGCGCCGCACUUGAAUGAAAUGCAUCCGGACACACUUACUCCGCUCACAAAUGUCGAAUCAUCACCACCCUGUAAAUCAAGUCCCCAACCGAGCAAAAUCAUGAAUGGCGUUACCAAUGCCAACCAGGUGAAAGCUCGAGGCGAAGAGCAACGAGCUGCUAUAACGCCUCUGCACACCCCUCCCACUCCUCAACCGCAGGAACAUGCUGUUGGAAAUAGGGUCAGCGGUUAUAAGUUGGUCUACGAUCCCGAUAGUGACCGGCGGUCAUCGUCAUCGUCAAAGGACAGACGGAGGAAACCGGAAUAUGUGGACAUUGUUUCUAACGAACAAAAUGGAUGCCCUCCGGAUCCCCGUUUGGCCAUCCCGAAUUAUACCCGGGGGGCCGGGUGCAAACAGAAGCCAAAAUAUCGGCCGUCUCCUUAUAUGUUGAAAUCGUGGCCUUAUGACUCGGCAACUACGAUAGGCCCUGGGCCUCCCACGCAGAUAGCGGUCACAGGAUUCGAUCCCUUAACCCCAAUCGCGCCAAUAAGCGCGCUUUUCUCGAGUUUUGGAGAGAUUGCGGAAAUCAACAAUCGCACCGAUCCUAUUACUGGCAGAUUUUUGGGGGUUUGCUCCAUCAGAUACAAAGAUACCAGUUCGUUUCGAGGAGGAAGUCCAAUACUUGCAGCCAGCGCGGCCAAACGAGCCUACCUCGAAUGCAAAAAAGAGCAACGCAUUGGAACUCGCAGAAUAAGGGUGGAGUUGGAUCGCGAUGGCAUCCUUGCGGAGAAGAUUGUGUCCAAGGCUACUGAUCCUCGGAGGCUGGGGCAUAAGAAAGCCGAAGAAACAAAACGUGAUCCCCAGUCCAAGAGGAAUGAGCCUCCUCCAACAGCGCCGAAAGGUCCUUCAGGAAGAUCCUCGAUGCGCCCGAUGCCUGCUGUACCCGAAGGGCCGAGGGCAGUCUUUUCGAAGCCCGCCGUACCAUCUCUAGUCGAAGAAACACCAGUGCUGAAUCAAAUCAAGCGCGACCCAUACAUCUUCAUUGCACAUUGCUAUGUGCCAGUUCUCAGUACGACUGUUCCACACCUGAAAAAGAGACUCAAGCUGUUCAACUGGAAAGACAUCCGUUGCGACAAGACCGGUUACUAUAUCAUAUUUGAAAAUUCUCGGCGCGGAGAGGAGGAAACUGAACGCUGCUACAAGAUAUGCCACAUGAAGCCGCUGUUUACCUAUAUCAUGAACAUGGAAAGCCAGCCAUACGGUAAUCCUAAUUACGAGCGGAGCCCAAGCCCUGAACGACUCGAAGCGGAGAAGAGAGAGAAAGCCGAAGCAGAAAGACUGGAAAAAGAGGCCAAAAUUGAUGUUGAGGAAGAGAAGAAACUCCGGGUGAUUGAUUUGGACCCUUGCAGGGAGGUUUUGACCAUGAUUAUCCGCGAUUUGAAAGACAAGCUUCUCGAAGAUGUGAAGUCCCGCAUCGCAGCCCCUGCAUUAUAUGAUUAUCUUGAUCCAGAUCGCCAUGCGGCCAAGAGAAAGAAAUUAGGCAUCCCUGAUCCGGAGGGAACCAGACGACCCACAUUUCGUCUUGAUUUCGAUGCAUCCAGCGAGACACCGGAUUCCCGCUCGGAGUUGUCCAAUGUUCAACGGCCUUUCGGAACGUCCAAUCUCAAUGUCCUUGCCCUUCCGCGGAUUCGAAAGGCGCAUCGCUUGAACCGGGCGGAUGCUUUCUUGGAUGAAAGGCGCAAACAACCUGUGCGAAGGAGAGAAGUGCGGCCUCUUUACCACCGGUUACAACAGCUACAUGAUCAUGAUGAUUCAGAUGACGACCAAAGAACACCGUUUGCCAGGGACACUGACGAACAGGAGAGCCGGCCUCUUAGUCGAAUGAGCUCAAUUGAUUCGGGAUCUGAUAACGAUGAGCAGUCUAUGUCUGGGACUUUACAAACCUCGGUCACUGAACUCCCGGUACGCCAAUAUUACAACGAAACGGAGGGAGACGAUAUUGUCACAGAGAGCGCAGCCAAUCCGCAAUCUAAUGACGCUAGCGGCCUUUCUCCGACAUCUCGCAAGAGAAAGAGAAUUAGCGAAGACCAUGAGGCGCGCAAGAGGCAAAGGGAAGACGAGGAACCGUUUGGUAUUAGCUCUGUUGACAAACCUGAAGACGAGCACACAAAAUCGCCCGUCUCACUCGCGACAGGCGGUGAUAGAACUGUUACGGAUGGUCCCCCAGAUAUUGUACUGGGUUCUACGGUAUUGGAAGAGGAUCAAAAUUCCAAGGAAUCCUCAGAAAGAUGUGACCUAGAGGCUUCCAUGUACGAGAAGAACCAUGCUGAAAAAGUACAUGUUUUUGGUGAUGGUAUCGAUGAAUUGGACCAGCCAGAAGAAUCAAAAAUUGAAGUGGAAUGGCGGGUGUCUAACGAUGAACCCCGUCCUACAGUCCUGGAUGACGAGGCGAUUAUCCUGGAUCUCGAUGGUUGGCAGAAUCUGAUAAAGGAUGAAGAAGAUCUACAUUUCUUGCGAGAUGUUCUAGCCAGCCAACCGAAGGCCAGUCUUGGGAACUUAGCAGCAUGGGCGUGGAGACAAAAGGAGAUCAAAGCACUGAACCGUCCUGGAGACCUUGGCCCUGUGCAUGAAGAGACGAUCAUUCAUGGUUAUUACGUCGUUAAUGUAACAGGUGCUGCUCGAACGGAGGGAAGGAAGAGAAUUUUGGAGUCAGAAAAAUCAAAAUACCUGCCCCAUCGGAUUAAGGUCCAGAAGGCUCGGGAGGAAAGGGAGGCCAAAGCGAAAAGUGACCCUCAGGCCACUGCCGCUGAGGCUGCCAGAAUCGCCGCUGCGAAAACGAUUUCGAAGUCAACUUCAAGAUCAACAAGAGUCAAUAACCGCCGUCUGAUUGCCGAUAUCAAUGCGCAGAAACAAGCCCUCCCCAUGCAAAGCGGGGACGGCGAUGUUCUUCGCUUCAACCAGUUGAAGAAACGGAAAAAGCCUGUUCGCUUUGCUCGAUCUGCGAUCCACAACUGGGGACUUUAUGCCGAGGAAAACAUAUCAGCGAACGAUAUGAUCAUCGAAUAUGUGGGAGAGAAGGUACGACAGCAGGUGGCAGAUAUGAGAGAGAGGCAAUACUUGAAAAGUGGCAUUGGUAGCAGCUAUCUCUUCCGUAUCGAUGAGAACACCGUCAUAGAUGCCACGAAACGGGGCGGCAUUGCCAGGUUCAUUAACCACAGCUGUACGCCUAAUUGCACUGCCAAGAUCAUCAAGGUCGAUGGCAGUAAACGAAUCGUUAUAUAUGCUUUAAGGGACAUUGAGCGAGAUGAGGAAUUGACUUAUGACUACAAAUUUGAAAGGGAAUGGGACAGUGACGACAGGAUCCCAUGUCUCUGCGGCUCUACUGGUUGUAAAGGAUUUCUUAAUUAA